AGUCUCUGGGGUCCGUUCCUUCUUCCCGGAGUCGUCCUCCCUUCACUCCCCCUCCCCCAGCGCUGAGCCCCAGGCGGGGACACCCCUCCUCGGAAGUCCCUAUACCUCCGUGCACCUGGCUCAACCGGAGUCCCCGGUGUCAGGGCAGGGCAGGGCCGCCGGCAGCGAGCCGGAGCCAGCCCAGCGCCCUGGCCUCGCCAGGUCCUCGGAGCCCACCCAUGGGGCUCCAGCUCCGCGCUCCUCGCCCGGCUGUGCUCAGCCCAGCUCGGAGCGCCGUGUGCAGGAGGAUCCGUACUCAGUGACCCUGGAGACCCCUCUGACGCUGGGAGACUCGAGGGCCGGAGCGGCAGGCGGUUCUCCGCACCUCCAGGAGCUUUCAGGCAGCCCUCCAAGCCGUGCCCGGGGCCCGGCCCGCUGUUCCCAGCCCCGAGCCAUGAUGAAGACCUUGUCCAGUGGGAACUGCACACUUAGUGUGCCUGCCAAGAACUCCUACCGAAUGGUGGUGCUGGGCGCCUCCCGUGUGGGCAAGAGCUCUAUCGUUUCCCGCUUCCUCAAUGGCCGUUUUGAGGACCAGUACACACCCACCAUCGAGGACUUUCAUCGAAAGGUGUAUAAUAUCCACGGGGACAUGUACCAGCUGGACAUCCUGGACACCUCUGGCAACCACCCGUUCCCUGCCAUGCGCAGGUUGUCCAUUCUCACAGGAGAUGUCUUCAUCCUGGUGUUCAGCCUGGACAGCCGGGAGUCCUUCGAUGAAGUCAAGCGCCUCCAGAAGCAGAUCCUGGAGGUCAAGUCCUGCUUGAAGAAUAAGACCAAGGAGGCAGCAGAGCUGCCCAUGGUGAUCUGUGGGAACAAGAAUGACCACAGCGAGCUAUGCCGCCAGGUUACUGCCAUGGAGGCAGAGCUGCUGGUGUCUGGGGAUGAAAACUGCGCCUACUUUGAGGUGUCGGCUAAGAAGAACACGAAUGUGAACGAGAUGUUCUAUGUGCUGUUCAGCAUGGCCAAGCUGCCCCAUGAGAUGAGCCCUGCGCUGCACCAUAAGAUCUCUGUGCAGUAUGGUGAUGCCUUCCAUCCCCGGCCCUUCUGCAUGCGCCGCACCAAGGUUGCAGGUGCCUAUGGCAUGGUCUCACCCUUUGCCCGUCGCCCCAGUGUCAACAGUGACCUCAAGUACAUCAAGGCCAAGGUCCUACGGGAGGGCCAGACACGAGAGAGGGACAAAUGCAGCAUCCAGUGAGAGGCAGGGACAUUGGGAGGGGGCUUGGGCAGUGCCUUAAGGGAGGUGGCUAAGGAUUCCCACUGCCCACAUCCCAUGGGGCCUCUAGGCAUGUAUGUUGUGUCUGUUCUUCUGAUUCCUAGCCACCUCCUGUGAGUUCUUAUGCCUGUGGCUCUU